UUAAAUCGCCAGUCCAUCCGCCAGACACUUUGGAAGCACACAGCACUAGAACCAUCUGCACUUCGGCUCUACAGAAACAUAACAGAAACUGGGAAGUCUAUUUGGCAGAAAAAUAAAUACAUACAUCAAUCAAAGUGAAAAUCGAAACAUGGAUUUUCUAAAUCACAAUUAUUUGAAUGCUGGAAACUCUUAUGACUACACCUUCAAUUUUUGGAAUGACUAUCUGGGACUUUCUACUUUGGUGACCAAGAAUUCUAUCAACAAAAACAGCAUGCCCCAAAGUCCGAAUUCCAUCACGGAGUCGCUGAAAGCAACACUUGGCUUGGACGAUUCUGCGGCUUGCCCGUGUGUUGUCGGAGGCAGCGGUGAAGGUGGGCACUUAGACUGCUGUUGCCCCUCUUCGAGCCCUCCCCCAACCUCCCUCCUCGACCUAGAGGAGCGCUUUUCCAUCUUCAGUCCAUUCCAGAACCAAAGCGGCGGAGUCCUCCCGCAAGACAGAGACUCCGGCUUUGGGGGCACUUUCGCCAGCUUCGACAUCUUUGGAAUGGAGAGAAGGGUGAGAAAGACAGCGCCGAGGAAUAAGCAGGAACCCAAGAUCUGUGUCUUCUGUAGGAAUAACGGGGCACCGGAGGAGGUGUACGGAUCGCAUGUGCUGAAGACGCCAGACGGGAGGGUAGUCUGCCCGAUACUCAGGGCUUACACUUGCCCCCUAUGCAGUGCCAACGGGGAUAAUGCCCAUACCAUUAAGUACUGUCCACUUUCCAAAGAUCAGCCUCCCCAACGGCCACUGAAAGGGGGUAGGGCAGUUGGGGGUAAGAGACUGAAAAUAUUCUGAAAAAAAACAAAAACAAAAAUAAACAAAUACAAAUACAAAUAAACAAAUAAAUACAUAUAAAUAAAUAAAUAAUCUAAAUUUAUUAGGAAAUUGCACUGAACCGCUUUCAGAUGACUGUUUCAGUUUAGGCUUUCCUUGGUCCUACUCGUUUUUUUUUUUUUUUUUUUUUGUUCACAUAAGAAAGAAACACGUUUCAUUUUACUAAAACAUAUGUUUUCAUAUGCAUAUAUUUUCUAUGAUAAUUUUAUAAUAGAGAGUACCCUAACCCCUUCAAUUUUGUAGGCACUAGUUGGACUGUUUCAAUAAUAUUCUUGAAAUUCCACUUUAUUCGUGCAAAUCUUUUGUUACACAUUAACUUUGGAGAAAAUGCAUUUUGAGCUGUGUAUUUCAGUUUUUUUUUUAAAAUCUUAGAUCACCUUAGAAAUUGCUUGACUGAUGAACCAAAGUGUAUAGUUUAAGAAGUAAUUAGUAUUUACAAAAAAAGAGAAAAUAUGUCUGUUAUCUGUACUAUCGUUUAUUACUGAAGCUUAAUGCCAGUCUUGUUAAUUAAUUUUAGUUGAUUUUUUUGCAGGAGUAUCAGCACUGAUCAAAACAAUGUUCCAAGUUGUAAGUCAAUGGGAUUCGAUUACUGUAGAGGAAAAAAUAAGCCAGUAAAAAGUAUGUCAAUUGUUGCAUGUGCGUGGUUAGAGUACUUUAACAUAUUAACAGUUGCGUUGCCAAAUUUAAAAGAUACAUUUCCACAGGGAUUUCAGCACAAGCUGUUGUUUUUGUUACACCAGAUGAUGUGGAGAAACAAUGUUUACAACCUGGAAGUAAGGUAGAACAACACUGGAUCAUCUUUCUUUGAAAUAUCUAUCUAUCUAUCUAUCUAUCUAUCUAUCUAUCUAUCUAUCUAUCUAUCUAUCUAUAUUUGUUUCUGUCAUAGAUUUUUUCAUAGCUUGAGGCAAACUGAGGUUAGCUACAAGUCAGUACAGUACAGUUUUAACAUUAGGGUCCUGGGGGAAUCAGUGAGUUACAUAAGUAUAGUAAAAUAAAUAAUCUCACACACACACACACGCACGCACGCACGCACGCACGCACGCACGCACGCACGCACGCACGCACGCACACACACACACACGCACACACACGCACACACGAGCACACACACACACACACACACACACACACACUAUGACCAGGUGUUUUUGUCUUAAAACAUUUUCUUUUUGCUUGUUACAAAUUAAUAUAGCACGAAUGGAACUAUUGAAUGUUAUAUAUAAGCUUUUUAAACAAUGUAUUAUCCCUUUUUUUGCAUUAUAAAUGUACAAUUUAAAUCCAAAAAUUAAAUAAGUAAAAAGAUGCAAAAAUGUAGUGAAUGUAUUGAAAAAAAUAAACAGUUAAAGGUGAUACUAGUAGGACUGCACAUUUCAUACAGUUUUGUUUACCAAAGGAAUACACUUUUAAUUAAAAUAAAUAAACAAAUAAAUAAAUAAAUACAAUGUAAUAGAUUUGCUGUAUUGUGUGUGUGUAUAUAUAUAUAUAUAUAUAUAUAUAUAUAUAUAUAUAUAUAUAUAUAUAUAUAUAUAUAUAUAUGGUGUGUAAUGUUUAUUCAGUGUUUUAGCAUUAUAAUAACUGACUUAAGAGGGUACUACCUCAACAGAAUUGUUUUCGAAUAAUUACAAAUUUGUACUUACUGUAAAUGUCAACAUUUGCAGUUUAUAAAUAUAGCGCUGCCAUUUAUAAUAAGGGUUUUUAAUAGUAUUUUUUGGAUCUUUGUAUAACAUAAUUGUAUUUUUUUUGCAUUCUGCAUUGGGGAGUCGAUUUCCAAUAAGCUCUAAGCAUUGUCAGCCAAAAGGCAGGUGUUGUAAAUAAUAAUAUUCAUGAGUUUUUAAAGUUGUGUUGUAAAAUGUUCAUUGUUAGAGAGAGAGAGAGAGAGAGAGAGAGAGAGAGAGAGAGAGAGAGAGAGAGAGAGAGAGAGAGAGAGAGAGAGA